AACUAAACGACUACGUCUACGCCCACGAAGUAGAUUCUAUAGGCCUAGCCUAGGCCUAUGCAGCAACCAUUUAUCAUUGUUUAAAAAUACUGUCUAAGCAAACUGCUCAGACUAGAUCCUUCUAUCUAGAUUUAUAGUUGAUAGGCCACGAUAACACUACAGUACAAGUAUGAUGGCUGGCGUAUUUUAAAAAAAAAAGCUCAACACAACUGUGAUAGCAAAAGUACAGACAGGCUUGCGUAUGAUUGAGAGUACUAACAGACAUCAUGAGUUUUAAUUCUCUUGAAAUAUCCAGGGAUAUUGAUAAGGAACUGGAGAGAAUUUACAAUCCAAAAACUAUGCAUAUUUUGACACCAUUCAGCCUAAAACAUUUAGCUCGAGAAUGGCUGAAAGAAGACGUACCUAGCUUUGAUUUUGCUGGAUUUGUAGUGGGAGAGAAAGAAGAAACAGCUGUCCUUCUUUUAAAGCAAGAAGGAGUAAUUGCGGGUCGUCCAUUUGUAGAUGCUGUGUUUAAAGAAUUAGAUUGUAGCAUUGAGUGGCAUGUCGAGGAAGGUGAUUACAUGCAGCCAAUCACCAAACUAGCAACAGUUAAAGGUAAAGUCCGAAACCUUUUGCUAGGGGAACGUGUGGCAUUGAACUGCUUGACUAGGUGCAGUGGAAUAGCAACAAUGGCCAGAAACUUGUCAAAAUUAGCUGUGUGCUCAGGCUGGAAGGGUCAGAUAGCUGGCACAAGAAAGACAACUCCAGGCUUCCGGUUGGUGGAGAAAUAUGCUCUUCUUGUCGGGGGUGCCUCAGGACAUCGUCACGACCUUUCAUCUAUGAUCAUGCUCAAGGAUAAUCAUAUCUGGACAGCUGGGAGUAUAACUCAGGCAGUAAAGGACGCUAAAGUAGUCGGAGGUUUUUCCACUAAAAUUGAAGUUGAGUGUCGCAGUCUAGAGGAAGCCACAGAGGCUGCUAGAGCUGGGGCAGAUAUCAUUAUGCUCGAUAAUUUUACCCCAAAUUCAGCAAAAAAAGCCUCUGAAGAACUCAAGUCUAUGUUUCCAUCCAUCGUUAUUGAGCUGAGUGGAGGGAUAACUGAGCAAACACUAUCAGACUUUUUUCUUCCUUCUGUGGACGUCAUCUCCCUCGGCAAGCUGACCCAAGGCUAUAGCACUGUGGACAUGUCUUUCAAAAUUAACAAGGCUGGCAAAGACCCCAGUAACCCAACUGUUGAGCAUGUAUGAAGAAUUGACAUUUGUAGAUGUUCAAAGCUCACAUAUAGCCCAGGGAUAUUUUAGAACUAAUAAUGUUUGAUAAUGGCUAAAUAUUUAUAUUCAAGCUAUGAAGAAAUAUGCAUUUAUAUACACAAAAGUGUGUGUAUAUAAAUGUAUACUACUCAACUUGUCA